CUUGCCGAAGAGGGGGUGAAAGUUUGUUGCAGGAAAGUUUCUUUUAAACUCUGCCCUGGCUGUUUAAUAUCAUGGCUCCUGGUUGUGCCCCGGUGGGCUCCGUCUGGGUUUUCUUUUGCAUUUUAAUUUUGUGUCUGCAGCGGGGAAGGGCUUUCGGUGAAACCAGAGACACCGAGUUUACUUUCAUUUUGCCAGCUGGGAGAGUCGAAUGUUUUUACCAGAAAGCGACGCGAAACAGCACCAUAGAAGUGGAGUACCAGGUGAUCGCCGGCGCUGGCAUGGAUGUCGAUUUCACAAUCGCUCACCCCGAGGGCUUCCGGCUGGUCUCGGACUUCAGGAAAUCGGACGGGAUCCACACGAUCGAGACAACAGCCGAUGGAGAUUACGAGAUCUGCUUUGACAACUCGUUCAGCAGGAUGUCUGAGAAGAUGGUGUUCUUCGAGGUCAUCACGGAGGGCUUGCUGCAGGACACGGCCGUAGAGGACUGGACUGACGUGGUGCAACCAGAGGAGCUCGUGGACCUCAAACUGGACGACAUCAGGGACUCCAUGGACGGGGUGCACCGGAGGCUGGAGAGGAGCAUGCAGAUGCAGGUGAUGCUGAGAGCCUUCGAGGCGCGGGACCGCAACGUGCAAGAGGACAACCUCUCCCGCGUCACCUUCUGGUCCUCCCUCAACGUGCUGGUGAUGGUUUCGGUGGCCCUCGUGCAGGUCUACCUGCUCCAAAGCCUCUUCAAUGACAAGAGGAAGGUCCGCACGUAGAGGGAGCGGAGCCGAGCCCCGCACUCGCUUUCCCACUGUGAACCGGACCCUAGCGACCGUCCGCGCGCACCCGCGUUCUAUCAGAACCAGAAUCCUGAGCAAGGGGGUUCUGUGCAACCCAACGCAAUCAUUCCAUACAGCCCUGGCCAGCGGUGUCUCCCCACCCUAUAGAAAGAACUCAUUGUGCUUCAUGAAGUCGAGUGAAACCUGCUGAAUGUCGUCAUCUUAGAAUAUUAUAAUUGCACGCCGCUUCGUAGUUUUCCUGCGUAAGCUGACAAUCGAAAAAUGUGAUGUUUUGAAAAGCUAACAUGAAAUACGGUGCUUGUAUUAAGGCUUUUUUGCAUUGUCAUUGCUUUGGUUGCAUGAUGUUCUGUAAAAUUACAUUCAUGUUUUUAAUUGGAUCUCAAUCCUAAAAUUCUAGAUGGUGCACAAAACUUUUGGCCAGAGCUGUAUGGAAUUAUUUUCUUCGUUACGAUCCUGACUUUGGUAUCAAAACUGCAUGUUUAAGACCGAUACAGCCGGUCCGAGAGAGAUCCAGCUAACUAAGGAUGGGGAGCCCGUUUCCCGUCUCGGAGAAAGUUAGCUGAUGUCAUGCCUUCAUCAGGAUCCGUUUGAAUUCACAGUGGAUCAGAACCGGGGGGUAAACGCUCACAGAAUUUCAACAGAGCACAUUUUUGUGUUCUCCUCGGCGGGCCGGCCCUCGUGUUUUUAAUCCCGAUUCGGUUGAACAGCUCUGUCGGUGAAGUUUACAGGUUUUUAAAUCCAGUGUUUGGUUUUUUGUCCGAAGAUUAACCCUUUGCAGCCCUUUUAUUCAGCGCUUGUCAGGCGCAUCGGGUCCAA